AGGUCUCGUAAUCCACUAGUAAAGCUGUGGAGAGUAAUAAGUACUAUGAUUACCAUUUGCUUCACCACUUGCUCCUGGAUACAAAAAGUCAGCAAAUCUAGUGGAUCACUGUACCAUUACUAGAUCCUGAUCUGGAUAUUUCUCUACUCCCUCUUGUCUCUGCUCAUAAACUGGAGUUUCAAUCUUGGGAGUGAUCUGAGGCGGCAAAGCCCUUUCUCUCUGGUGAAUGUGAGUAGAGAUUGUGCUGUGGGGUUUAGAGGAACAUGGCAAUGGGGAGAUAUUCUCGUGUAGACGGGAAGAAGUCAUCAUCGAGCUUUGGCUUAACCAUUACCAUUGUUUUGAUCGUUUCUCUCUCUUUGGUCGGAGCUUGGAUGUUCAUGUCCUCAUGGUCUGCACCAACUGAAUCUAUUGACUUCUCUUCAAGCCAGGCUACUACAAAAGAUGUGGAAACCAAUACUACUACUACUAAGAGUGAUUUCACAAACGAAGAAACUGAGGUUGUGACAGAGAGCAAUCAAGACAAGGUUGAGGAAAGAAAAGAGUUUGAAGACAAAAACGGUGAAGGGGAUAGAAAAGAUGGAGAGGGUGAGAAAGAGAAGACACAAGUUGAAGAGAGCUCGGAAGAGAACAAAACCGAAGAGAAUACUAAUGAGUCUGAAGACAACACCGAGAAGAAGUCUGAAGAGAACGCUGAGAAGAGUAAGGAUGUGUUCCCUGCUGGUGAUCAGGCUGAGAUAACAAAGGAGUCCACCACCGGAAGUGGAUCUUGGUCUACUCAACUUGUUGAAUCGCAGAACGAGAAGAAAGCACAAGUGUCCUCCUCCUCCAUCAAAUGGAAACUCUGCAACGUCACAGCUGGACCAGACUACAUCCCUUGCCUCGACAAUUUGCAAGCUAUCAGAAAGCUUCAUUCCACAAAGCAUUACGAGCAUCGGGAGAGGCAUUGCCCCGAGGAGGCUCCACGCUGCCUUGUGCCUCUUCCCGAAGGGUAUAAGCGAUCCAUCAAGUGGCCUAAGAGCAGAGAAAAGAUAUGGUACAACAACAUCCCUCACACCAAGCUAGCACAAGUGAAAGGACAUCAGAACUGGGUGAAGAUGAGUGGUGAAUACUUAACAUUCCCUGGUGGUGGUACUCAGUUCAAGAACGGUGCUCUUCACUACAUCGAUUUCCUCCAAGAGUCGUAUCCUGAUAUUGCUUGGGGAAACAGAACACGUGUUAUACUGGACGUUGGGUGUGGGGUUGCUAGCUUCGGAGGAUAUCUUUUUGACAGAGAUGUGCUUGCUUUGUCAUUUGCACCCAAAGAUGAACACGAGGCGCAGGUGCAGUUUGCUUUGGAACGUGGUAUCCCUGCAAUGUCGAAUGUUAUGGGAACCAAGAGAUUGCCUUUUCCAGGAUCUGUUUUUGAUCUUAUCCAUUGUGCUCGUUGUAGAGUCCCUUGGCAUAUUGAAGGUGGUAAGCUACUUUUGGAACUGAACCGUGCAUUGAGGCCUGGUGGGUUCUUUGUCUGGUCAGCGACUCCAGUUUACAGGAAGACUGAAGAAGACGUUGGCAUAUGGAAAGCUAUGUCGAAGCUAACAAAGGCAAUGUGCUGGAAGCUGAUGACGAUUAAGAAAGAUGAACUGAAUGAAGUUGGUGCUGCCAUUUACCAAAAGCCAAUGACUAAUGAAUGCUACAGCGAAAGAUCUCAAGACGAACCACCUCUAUGCAAAGACUCCGAUGAUCAAAAUGCCGCUUGGAACGUUCCACUUGAGGCAUGUAUGCACAAAGUAACAGAAGAUUCGUCAAAACGAGGAGCAGUUUGGCCUGAGAAGUGGCCUGAGAGAGUGGAGACUGCUCCUCAGUGGCUCGAAUCUCAGGAAGGUGUAUAUGGAAAGCCUGCACAAGAGGAUUUCACAGCGGAUCAUGAACGUUGGAAGAAUAUUGUUUCGAAGUCGUACCUCAACGGUAUGGGAAUAGAAUGGUCUUAUGUGAGAAAUGUGAUGGACAUGAGAGCUGUCUACGGAGGUUUUGCUGCUGCGUUAAAGGAUCUGAAGCUGUGGGUGAUGAAUGUAGUUCCUGUCGACUCAGCUGAUACGCUUCCAAUCAUAUAUGAGCGUGGUUUGUUUGGAAUCUACCAUGAUUGGUGUGAAUCAUUCAGCACUUACCCUCGAACUUACGACCUUCUUCACGCUGAUCAUCUUUUCUCUGCACUAAAGAAGAGGUGCAGCUUGGUGUCGGUAAUGGCUGAAGUGGACAGGAUUCUUAGACCACAAGGGACUUUCAUAGUAAGAGAUGACAGUGAAACGGUAGGAGAAAUUGAGAAGAUGGUGAAAUCGAUGAAAUGGAAUAUGACAAUGACACAUUCCAAAGGUGGAGAAGGGUUGCUCUCUGUUCAGAAGUCAUGGUGGCGUCCUACAGAGGUUGAAACAAUUACAUCUGCAAUAGCCUGAUAUCGAGGAAACAAUGAAGAGUAUGGGAUAAUUUAGUUGUAUGAUUAUGUUGUUUCUUUUAUGAUCACAUUGAUUGUUUACACUUGUAUUAGUCCAAUAUUUGUAUCCGUCUUCUUCUUUUUUGCGAAGAAAAUUGUAUACAAGACAAUUGUCACAAAAGUGUAAACUUAUAAUAAGUUUUUUAUUUGGUCCAACUCA